AUGGUGGAUGGGCGGAUGUGUAGCACCAAGGUGGAUCGGUGGGUGUGUAGCACCAAGGUGGUGUCAAUGACGGUGGUGUUGGUGAUGGUGUUGGUGAUGGUGAUAGUGAUGGUGAUGGUGGCUGAGGCAGCCAAUGUCAGGACUACUGACGCUAGCGCCCAGACACACCCAGACGUUCCUGCCGUCUACAACUACAAGUAUGGUGUUCUGGACGAGGAGUCUGCCACUGACUUCGGCCACGAAGAGACUCGUGACCACGACGCCACCAGUGGUCGCUACUACGUGCUACUCCCUGACGGACGAGUCCAGACAGUGCUGUAUUCAGUCGAAGGUGACGACGGUUUUGUUGCCGAUGUUUCUUACGCUAAACGUCGCCGCUGAGAUACUCCU